AAUAUUGUAGACAUAUGUCUUUUGAUAAUAAGGUAUAAAUCAGAUUUUGCGGAGAAAUCAGCGGAAGACACGGCGGUGCCGUGACUGCGCACUGAACUAUGUUUCCCAGCAGUCUUUGUCGUCCGGUGUGAGGGGAAGGAAGGAAGAUGGCGGCGGUUGGUGGAAUGGAGAUACGGGUGCCUUUCUAAAUCUACAAAAAAAAGCAGUUAUUGCUGUAUGUUAGCGGUUGGUCAAAUGUAAUGCAAGAAGGUGGCUUUGAUCAGAGACUGCAAAUCACCGGACUACAGGUUUAUUCCUGGAUUCCAUUUUUCCAGCGUGGCGACCAUCCUCCAGGACCCACUGUCUGACUCCAGUUUUCCUGGCCCAUGGAAUUGACUCCAGCAUCAGGCUUCAAACGGAGGCCUGCUGCCUCCUCUUCCCCAAGUGGAGUUAGAGAGACUGCCAGGAGCCCUCCUCCCUGCUCGCCGUCUUUGUCUCCGUCAUCGCCGUCAUCCGAUCCGUCUUCACCCCUGUCUACAUCCUCCUCUGUCUGCGGCAACUCCUCAGUUUAUCAGAACCAUGUAAAAGGUCCGACCCAGGGGACAGAGGUGGCCAGGGUGUCCUCCACUUCUGCCUCUCUAGCAACGCAGUCUUUCUCCACACUUGCACCCAACACCAUCUCCUCAAAACUCUUCCCUCACAAUUCAGUGCAGCCACGUGUUGAUUGUGAAGAAGCAAGCAGGAAAAGGGAGAUGUAUGAUCCUUUCCAUCCUACUGAGGGAGUGAAGGGGGAGGAAGGGGAGAAAUAUGACCCCUUCGACCCCACUGGUUCCCCAGCAUCAGAUGAUGAUGAUGAUGAUGGAAGUGGCAAAGUGAGGGGGGUGAAGAGAAAUGCUGAGAGAGGAGAUGAUGAGGAGAAGGAGGAAGAACCUCCAGAUUCCACUGAGGCCUUGACUGACCUGCCCAGCCCCUCUCUGUCCACCCAGCUCCCUCUGAGACGGAGAGUAGAAUGUAGCUCUGCCAGAGCCAGGGAGCAGAGGUGUGCUGACUCUGAUCACUCUGAGAUAGAGGAAGGGGAGAUUGUUGGGGCUGCUGACAGAGAUGGAGGCAAUAAGAGACUAGCAGGAGAAACCCUCCCCAUAAAUUCUCCCAGCGUUUCCUUCUUUGGAUCAAAGCCAGAGCGCAUCCUCCGGGUGCUGGACGGGGAUGGCCUUGUGUCUGUGCGCACAGAGAGCAACUGGGAGGUGGACAGGGAGCCUGAGGAUGAGCCCGUGGUAGGAGUGGAGGAUCUGAGAAGGAAGUUGGUCAGCAGGCGGAAGGAAAGAUAUCUCUCCUUUCCUGCUUCCUCUCCUCUCUCUCCUCAGCCACCACCUCCCUCCCAUCCUCCAGCUUCUACACCCUCUUCCCCUCUCACACCUCCGAUAGAACAAGGCACCAAGAACCGCAGCAAGUCCUCCAAGAAUUCCAAGGACUCCGAUCGACAGAAAAGCAAGGAUAGAAAGGCUGGGGAGAAGGAGGAGAGAAGAAAAAAGAGUAGAAAGGACAAAGAGGGAGGUCGGGAGAGGAGCAAAGAAAAGGAGCGAGGGCACAAGACCGGGAAGGAAGUUAAAGGAAGGAGGAGCAGCAGGAGUAGUAGCCGGAAGAGGAAGAAAAGACAUCACAGCAGCCCAGAGGCCUCAAGAUCCUGCAACUCUUCAGGAAGAGGGGGCCACACUAGACAGCCUUUUUCAAGCCUACCUGAAGAAAGACCCAGAGAGAAGGAAAGGGAGAAGGAGAGUGACAGAGGAAGAGAGAGAGACAGGGAUAGAGAGCAAAAUCGGACGAGUAGCCAUAGAAGAGAUGAAAGAGAUCGAGACUCUAGCUCCAGAAAGGCGGAGAAGGAAAGGAAGGGAAGACAACAUUCAAGCAGCAGAGAGCGGGGCAUUUCAAAGAGGUCCAAAGAAAGCAGUGAAAACAGAGGAGGCGAUAGAAACAGGCAGCGUGAGAGGGAACGCCGUCGGGACGGCCGUCCUGUUGUCCCGCCAUCUAUCCAAGAUCUCAAUGGGUCUGACCUAUUUGCAAUUAAGAGAACUAUCACAGUCACCACCACCACAACCACCACUACCGUACCCGGCUCCCCAAGACUCACGCCGACCUCUCCCUGUCGGCCCACUCAGGACUCUGACAAGCCCCAUAAGAGGAAGAAGAAGAGAAAAUGGCACUCCGCUGGAGAAAUGGAUGACCGGGGAAGUUGUCACAGCCAAUCACAGUCGAUCUCACCACCAAGGUAUCACAGCUACGAGUCAGACCGCUAUUCAGACAAACUGGAGAUUGACGUGUUGUCUUUGGAUGGUGAGGCUUUAGACUCAGACUACCCAUCCCUUGAGGAUACACCCCCUGCUGCCCUGCCUCCAGAACCACCAGUCCCCAGCCCCAAAACUAAAACUACCCCCAAGACUGGAAGACAUCACCCGAAAAAGAAAUCUCACGCAUUAAAGAAAAUUGACCAAUCCUCCUCCUCCUCCUCCUCUAAAGGCAAAUGUCUCUCCUCACUGACAGUCACCUCGGGCUCUGCUGCCGCCUCAUCGGGCCUCCCCCCAGCAAAGCGAGCCAGGAAGAUGGGAAAGGACAAAGACCGGAACAAAGGAAGCAGAAAGGAUUUGGGUCACUCUGGCAAAUCCAAGAAAGAGAGCGGCGGCAGUCGGAAAGGCAAGCUUCAGUCGAAAGUGUCUGUGCUGGUGCGUGAGGGCGUGAGCAGCACCACAGGGACUUCAGUUGGCUCUGGAAAGCUGGGCAUGGACCUAUUAGGGCCAGGGGGUACAGGAGGGGGUGCUGGGGGCUCUGUGGUGGGUGGCUCAAUUGCAGUAGUCUUCUGCAGGGACAAUGAGAGCAGGUCUCCGUUCCUCAAACCUUGCUCAGAGCCGCUGUCACUGGGCAACCGUAGUAAAGAUCUGGCCAGUAUGGGGAAGCGUAGCAGCCUUGUUGCACCACCAUCCUCCCUAACCAGUCCUGCAGGACUGAAAUCUAAGAAAACAAAACCAAGCUCCAUCACAUCCACCUCCUCCUCUGCCUCCUCCCCCUCAUCAUCUCUGGCAACCAAGCACCGCCGUCGCCUGGCCAAGAAGUCAAGAGAAAAAGGUGGAGCUGUCGGGCUGACGGCUGGAGACGACGGCCAAACAAAAGCCCAGUCUGAGGGCUGGGGGGGAGCCUCCUUAGAUGUUCAGUCUGCCAUCGGAGAUGGGAGCAAGUCAGUCAGUCCGCAUACUAGCCAAGCUGGCCCUUUACCCUGUUCUUCCUCCUCUUCCUCCUCCUCCUCCUCUUCCUCCUCUACCAGUGUGCUCCCACCACCCUCCUCGCCCCCCCACACGCCUCCACCCUCCAUGGCUCCUUUGCGGGACACCAGGGAGUCUUCGCCAGACUCUCAGACUGUGGACAGCAGCUGUAAGACUCCAGACCCUUCUUUCCUAGCUGAGGACUGUCCAACCCAGACCAGCCCCACGCUCCCAGCAUCCAGUCCGUCCAGCCUGUCCACCCCCCAGGGAGCUGGCCUCAGCAUUGCCUUGUCUACACCCACUGCCAAGCCCCCUCUUCCAGAUGAUGCUCCCAAAUCCCUGGCCUCACCUCCAUGCUCGUCCUCUUCGGCAGGCUGCGGUUUCACUUCCCUUUCUCUGCCUCUGUCUUCGUCAGACCCGUCCUCCUCCUCUGUGUCCUCCUCGUCUGCUAGUAAGCCUCCUCCCCCCCCCCCUCCAGCAGCACCUGCCCUUCCCUGGAGUCUGCAGACAGGGGUGGACUGCACAACUGGAGGAGUCCUAGCGUUGACCGCUCUGCUCUUCAAAAUGGAGGAGGCCAAUAUCGCCAGCAGAGCCAAAGCACAAGAGUUCAUUCAAGCAACCAGCCAGAUUCUCUCACAGGCCAAUCAAAGCCAGUCCCAGCAGCUGGCUCCUCCCUCCUCAGCCUCCUCCUCACAGAUCCCUCCCCCUCCCUCUCUCCCUCCGCCUCCCGGUCUGAGCCCAGCCCAGUUCAUCCUCCACAGCUCUCUUCCAUUGGUUGGCUGCACCAAAACCCCUCCCUCUCUCCUACACCCCUCCAUAGGUGGUGGAUGUGCACAGACCCCACCCUUCAUCAUGCCCGUGGGGCUGUCAGGACUUACUGGGAGCUCUGGUGACACUGGAUGGGACAAUGAGAGCAAAGACCCUGAUAAGUACCUGAAGAAGCUGCACACCCAGGAGCGGGCCGUGGAGGAGGUGAAGCUCGCCAUCAAACCGUACUAUCAGCGCAAAGACAUCAACAAGGACGACUACAAAGACAUCCUCAGGAAAGCAGUGCAUAAGAUCUGCCACAGCCGCACUGGAGAAAUCAACCCGGUCAAAGUCAGCAACCUCGUGAAGCUGUACGUCCAGCGCUACAAAUACUUCCGGAAACAUGGACGCAGAAUGGAUGAGGAAGAGAGGGAUGACAGGGAGCUGCAUUCCUCUUUCUGAUACUUAAAACAUGUCCUCCCACCGCCUUCUGCUCAAGUCCUGGGCAAUCCACUGAUUGUUUUUAUCUAUUGUUUUUUUUAAUCGUUUUCAUAGCCCACCGUGUCUAUGCUUAAAGUGAUCUUCUGGAAGCCCCCUUCCCCUUAUCUCUAUGAUCUCACUGUAAAUAUGUUUCCCAUAGAAAAUGUAUUAUGUAUACAUGUCCAGGAUGUGGAUGCUGUCAUGCACAGCUGUGUGAUCUAAUACAGUCCAGUACACCAACCCUGCAAUAAAUACUGCCUUUUAGAUUUUGUUGACUGUGUCCAUAAGAAGCUUCGCUAUGGACGGCACUGACUGCUGAGCCAUUUUUUUCAAUAGCAUUGAAUUAGCUAGUUGAAUCAUGCUACUUUGUCUACCCCAUCACUAUGUGUAUAAAAAUCCAAGCCGAGGGGAGAUGUAACACCCUCUAGCACACACCAAAAGAUGUUGUACAAUAGUGUAAGAACACUACACCACGUUUCCCCUCCCUCCCAUCUCUGUGCAGACAGUAGGAUGGUUCAUAUAGCCUCUCUGUUGAUGCUCUUUGGUUCUGCUGCUGUUUUGUGUGCAUGUGAUACUGAGGUUGAGAAAGUUGCUAAAUCUCUUUAUCCAAUGACUUGCCCAACAAAAUAUAAAUGUUGCUUGAAAACCAGUUUGCAAUAGAAUGACCAUAUUCAUUUA